GAUCACAUUGAGAAGCCCAGCUUUCAAGUUUGCCCCAUAACUUGAUCUACCUCUCCAGGGACAGGAUCAGCGCCCACGGAUUUCUGAACUAAGAAGGCUGCACACCUGCAAAGCACUUGGGACGAAUCUGGCCCUCGUAGCCAUGGCUUGCCACCUUGUCCUCCUCAGCCUGGUCGCGUGCACCGUGCUGGCUCACAGUCCUGCAGUCGGCAGCCACGACAACGUCCUCAAUGAAGUCGCUACGGGCAACGCAACCGUCCGUGCACUGCACUCCUCGCAUUACAGGUCACCGUUGGAGCUGGGCCUAAUAGCCGGCGCGGUGUCUGUGCUGCUGCUGCUACCGCCGUGGGAGAAGAGCGACCGAGCCCUGGGAAACGGGCUGGCCGGCCUCAGCGAGUUCGUGAUGACGCGCGUGGACAAGGGCCUCGAGAAGUUCCCCAGCGUUCCGAGCCUGGACCCGCAGGAGUGCAUGAAGCGGAGCGUCUGCGAGGCACACAACCAGCCGAACAAGUACGGACUCUUAGGACUCGCCCUGCAGCUGCUGUACCCGCCGUACUCAGCACCGGACGAGCCGACGACGGUGGUUUCCAAGUACCAGCUGGCGGCUCGCUACGGGCGCCAGGAGGACGCCGACUGCUCGCGCCAGUACGACGGCUGCAUCGUUUCUCCGCUCGAGAUCGUUCAGACGAUCGUCGGAUACUUCCUGCGAUAGUCCAGCGAAACGUUGGCCACUUCACACCCGCAAUAUGCGUGUUUCAGGCCGAGGAAAUGAAACCUCGCCCUUUUUUCCUCGAUGCUCACGCCAAUGGUACUACAUAUUUCCCGGCCGUUGUGGCCUUCAGCAGACAAGGCACUUUGAUGGCUACAAAGAUUUACAGAGGGAAAUUUGGCCGGAUCAUAUAAGCAUUUAACUGUGCAUAACUUAAAGGGGCACUGACACAAUAUUUCGCGGCUGAGAUAGCGCCUGCGGGAUGGAUUCCCGCGAACAUGCGUAUAUCAUCUACCAAGUAUCGACAACGAAUAUAACAUGGAAGGUAGUUUAUAUGAAUUUCCAAGUUCGCGUGCGCAACCCAGCGCUAUACGCCACACAUGGCGACAUAGACAUCGUUUGAGGCGGCGUGAAGGUGACCCUGAACUUCCGCCACGUCACUGCAGCCGUGCACGUAGUAAUGAUGUCGUCAUAGUAGACAUUGCCCUUUCGCCAUGCUGACUACUACUCGGCGGCUGCUUGCGAGUGCGCGCCCGAGUCGAGAACGUCAUCGCCACCAGACGGCGAUGACGGCAACGACAUCGCGCGGCACACGCGACAGGCGAAUUACGCGAGCAGACGAAGUUCGUCACCGUUGUGAGUUUGUUUGGUGUUGGUUGCAUCUGGCGGUUCUCCUAAACCUAAACUUAGACUGGUUCGAGUUAAACCACAGACAGACACGACACGGAUGUCCAAACUCCAGAGACAAAGUCGCGCUGAAACCGAGCGUUCGCACCUCACAUAGACCUACGGGCAUGUCGUCGUUGGCUUCCCUCGUUUCAGGCUCUUCUCGCAGCCGCCGUUGGCUCCCUGGUAUUCUCUCGUUGUACGUGCUCGUGGUCUUCGGCUCACCGUCGUCGCUUCGAAGCCAUUUCUUGGGCUGACUGUUGUCUUCUUAAUUUUUAGUGAACCAGCGGUGAGUAGUGGGAUUUGCCUAAUUUCUCAGGCACAUAUCCGUUCAUGAUGAUGAUAACUUUUGUGGCAAUUCGUUUUACGACGAGCCAACAGCCUCGAUGUUAAAACGCGCCAGACCGAAAAUUUUUGUGUCAGUGCCCCUUUUGAUUGCCGCGCUUAGUAAGUGUGCAUCUCGAAUCCAUUUUACACGCUAAGCCGGGAAAUACCUUCACAUUUACGUGACGCUAAAUACAAACAUUAAUAUAUUGAAAUGAAGCGAUGGCCUCUACGUAUAUCAUGGAGGAAGGAAAACUCAGGAGAGGCCCUAUCGUAUCCCAAUGCAUUGCUAAAGGUGUGAUGGAAGUGACGUCAGAUUUAUGGGGCAAACAACACAGCAGACGCCCCGCGGCGUGCUCUCCGCGGUGGUUCGCUUCUGCGCAGAUUUGUAGUCCUGGCGUAUACUUAGCGCGUAUUGUGCGGUUCGCAUGCAGUAAAAUGUUGCAAGCAGACGUUUACCAGGCUGUUCGUGCGUGGCAGGCCCGAGCGCUGCGUGCUGAAAUUCGUGGAGCGUUUUUGUGCAACAUUACAGAAAGUAACAAGCGUCGAAAGCUGGGCGAGUUGGUAAGGUUUCAUCUUCUAGCAAACUGCGCGGCAGACGGGACACAAAGAAGGAACGCUCGUCUGUCUCUUUCGUUCCUUCUUUGUGUCCCGUCUGCCGUGCAGUUUGCUAGAAGAUGAGUACAGAAAGUACCGGUACGUGCCGUAAUCAAAAACAUUCAGCCCCUGCAUCAUCGUAUUCGAACUCACUUAGCAGUGACUUAGGUGUUCUGCUGGGUGUUAGCCCUUUCUUUUCCUUUGUCGUAGCCUGAUUUCCCGAUCUAUUGCCCGAUUAGCGGUUCUUUGCUAAUGUAUAUGGAGUGAGCGUAGUAGCUAUUCGGCGCAACGCCAAGCUAUAGUUGACGUAACUUCACGUCGAAAAGAGGACACCGCUGUAUUGCACACGCAAUCGCGCACGUAAAGUUUGUAAUUCCAGUACGCACACAACUACGAGCUCGCAGCGAGCGCACACCGCGCAAUACAUACAUCUCGUAGUUCGAUAGCAACAUCAAAAGUUUGUUUCCCUUUCGUUGAACGACACAGCCUCUAAAAACGUACGAUGCCUUCGGCACAUGUUAUGUAUGGCGCGUCAGAUGCCAAAAACAAAAGUUCACAUUUGUUCUGAGUUGACACAAUGAGUAAGAAGCAACAGAGCGCACAUCCGAGAGCUUCGCAUGUAAAUACCAUGCAUUAGUGAUCAGCAAUGAAGCGACCGUAUAUGUACACAUGAAGUGACACCCGGUACUGUCCGCAGUGCACGCGAUUUGCACCGGGUAUACACAACAGCUGGGCAUUGCGUAGCUUUUCUAAAGAGCACACAGCAACAGCAUGUGUGAAUCGCCUGCGCCGUUUGCACGGCGAAAAAAAAAAAGGCUGCAAAAAUUUCGCGACUCGCUCGCAUGCGCUUGCAAACGACGCGACAGAAAUCGCGAAAUGUUUCGCUGCCCCUUCGCUAGGAGGUGAUGUGUUUGCGAUGUGGAGGCUUCACGAAUGUGACGUCAGGACCUCUCUUUAGUAUUCCCUCCUCCAUGACGACGUCAACAAGAGUGGGUAUAACAUUGCGCAAAAAUUAACACGGACACAAGAGAGACGAUGUAACACACAGGGCGCGAUGUGUCACUUUGUCUCUCUUGUGUCCGUGUCAAUUCUGUGCGCAACGUUAUACCCACUAAUGGCAAACCAACAGGCCCAAAUAGCAACCUUGGUCAACAAGAGCUUUCAUGUGCAGGCUAGGAUGCAGUACCAUGUUGCAUUUAAGGUGAUAAAUUAAGGCCGUAUCCUACAAUCUCACAUUUGACCUGUCUGAGGUCUUUCCUCGUAACAAUUUAGCUGCUCUUUUCACUAGCGCCACGUCACGCGUUGCAAAGACGUGACCUCAACUGUGGUACUCGCGGCACGUGUCUGUGCCAAUCGAUCUCUGCGACAUCAUGCUGGCAUAUUUAUUAAACGUUUUUUGCAGUCACGUGUCUCUUAUACUGAAGACUGGGCGAAUCGGUUUGUCGCAGUUGAACUGGCACAGCACAUCACUGUGUUGGCCGUUCCUUCCCGCGAUGCGCUGUUCAAGUCUCGUAUUCAUGCCACCCCCACUUAUUGGACAGACAGUUGCCAACAUAUUUGACAACACAUUGAUUGACAACAUAUACGACAUAAAAGCAACACGCCACUGCGCUCUGGUGCC